CGGAUGCGCAAAACCUGACCUAAGCUCUUCAAAGUUGCAGAGCGUAGAGCUGCUCAGUAUUUCAGUGCCAAUAAAAAAGUUUGAACUUUGAAUUUGGUACUUGGAAGAUAACAGCAACAGAUCAUCAGAGAUGGCUGCCACUGCUAGUGUGAGCAGAAAGAAACUCAUGGUCUCGGCUCUCUGCAAACACUUUUCUUUAAAUCCAAAUGUUAUUCCAGCUGAUGGUUUAGAAAGUGAUGUUAAGAGUCUUUACUUAAGCCUCUCAAAGGCAUCAGGACAUGGGUUCAAUGACAGUAACGAGGUGAUGAAGUGGGUGGCAUUUGCAGAAGCUUUUCCUGAAACCCCUGAAGCUGCUUUUGAGGUUCUCAAGGGUUUAAAUGACGAACUCUCUGGAAAGUCUGUCCUUUUAGGCAGUGGGUUGAAGCUGUCUGAAGCUGAUCUUGUAGUUUUUUCUGCUGUACAUUCCUCCCUGGUCUCCCUUUCAGAGACGAACAGAGAGAAACUGCCACAUGUGUUGAGAUGGAUGGAUUAUGUUCAGCACAAGGAGGAUUUUGGAGAUUUAUUUGAGAAAAUAUUGAUACGGGUGCCUGCAUUUGAGCCUUCGGUAGCAAAAUCUUUAGCAGCCGCUGAAGCUGAAUUCAAAGAAUCAAAGGCAAAAAAGACCGAGCAAAGCACUAAGAAUGUAGACAAACCAGGAACAGAAGUAAGCACAGAUAAGGGCAGCAAAGUUGAGGAAAAAGUAACAAGAGAUAAGGAUGCUGCUAAAGGGAAUACAAAACCUGCUCAAACAGAAGCUUCAGAGAAAGAUAAAGAACUUAGUGUCAGUUUGCUAAAUAUUCAGGUUGGACUAAUUCGUAAAGCAUGGAAGCAUCCAUCAGCAGAUAGUUUGCUAGUUGAGGAGAUAGAUGUUGGGGAUGCCAAAUCGCGGCAAGUUGUCAGUGGAUUGGCGAAGUUUUGCAGUCCUGAAGAGUUGACGAACCGUCGCGUUGUACUUAUUACAAAUGUCAAACCUGGAAAACUACGAGAUGUCAUGUCAGAGGGACUGGUCCUAUGUGCAUCUAAUGAAGAUCAUACUGUUGUGGAGCCCUUGCUUCCUCCGGAAGGGGCUAAAAUUGGAGAGCGUGUUUCAUUUUCCGGGAUUGAUGGGAAGCCAGAAGAUGUACUUAACCCAAAGAAGAAACAGCUGGAGAAGAUUACACCAAAUCUUUUCACUGAUGAGAAGGGAGUGGCCACAUUCAAGGGAAUACCUUUUAUGACGACAGGGGGACCAUGUACUUCUUCCAUUCCCAAGGCUACUAUAAAGUAAUAUUUAAGAUGAGGAUGAGGAUGAUGAAGGCCCUUUUUUAUUAAGUUUGAUGACCAUCCAAAGGCUGUACCUAUCAUUUUUCACAGUAUUUCAAAUUUUGAACGGCAAAGCGAAACCAAGAAGUCCAAAUGGAUGACAUGUUUAUCUCUCAAUUUCAAUUUGCAUGGCAUGCAUCUUCUCUAAGGCUAUGUCUGACUCGGGCCGUUUUGUAGCAUGUUUUAGUCUAAAAGCAGUACCAAAAUAGAAUUAAUACAAUUUUUAGUCGUUUAAAUUUAUUUU